AUGUCCACUCUUUUAGCUCUUUGUCGGAUUGUGGCGACCUCCGCUCCGCCCGGAGCCACCGCCAAUGUCCAUGCGCGAUUCGGGAAACUACGAGCUAAAGAAAGAUCCUCCACCGUCCCUCCGCUCAGCUUCCGUCGACGGUUCUGCCAACACUGUCUGUUCGCCAGGACUGUAUCCCCCGAGUCGCUGGAGAUGAGCAAUGUUUUCUCCAUAGCAUGGCGCAUUUCGUGCCCUUCGGGGCUGCGUGCCUCACCCUCGAGCUGUUUGCUGCCCCUGUCGGCAGCUCCAGCGAAACCGACGCUCCGCCCUCUCUGCCGGUUACAGCGUCCAUAUAGCUCCGAUAACGGACGCCCGGUUUCUCCCCAGGGAUGGGGAUUCUCAGCCAGAUUGCGGCGCUUUCAAUUAACGGGACCUACGAACACUGUCUUCUCCAGAUCCGCCCAAACGCAGAAUUCUCCCCCCCCGCCCGAUUCCAAGCCCGAUCAAGCGCCGGUCGAACAUGGCGUCCCCAUCCGCUCUCAACCCCUCUCUGCCGCAGAGAUCAAGUCGAUUUUUGGCUCUUCAAAGGUGACUCCUGCCAUGGGGAACCGGAUUCUCAAUGUCCUACAAGGCCGUCGCUUGCAAGGCACGCUCGAUCUCGAUCUCCCAGCUGACAUCACCCGUGCUGUCCGUCCUCGUACGAUUGAAAACGGUUUAAAGUGGCUACGGAAGAACUAUCCGGUCGACGAAGAUGCGGCGAUUAUGGCACGGAUCGAGCGCGAGGAGCGAGAGGAGGAGGAACGGAUCCGUCGACAGGCGGAGGAACUGUACAGGCCUCAGAGCGGACACUGGGGCGCCCCGCUCGGCGAGGCUAACGAUAUCUACGGCAAGAGUGUCUUGAAGGAAUUUCGGGAGAAGAACGAGGCCAGGCUACUGGCGGAAGAGGAAAAGAAGCGGAAAGAGUGGCUGGAGGGCGAGGCGAAGGAGCAGGAGAAGAUACGCAUGCAGCUGAAGAAGAACACGGAGCUGCAGAAAUUCGACGAGGCUGCCGUUAUCGAGGCUCGUCCGCGUGCCGAUCCGCAGGAACGGCCAGUUUUGGCGUGGAUUCAGAAGCAUCAUCUGCGGGCUACGAACACGGAUGUAGACACCUCUACGAUGACUACUUCCCGUCGUAUCUUUCCCUCUCUUGGUGUAACCAUCCUCACCAUCGGCCUCUGUUACCUCUUUGCGGAGACGUACCAGCCGCCCGCUCGAAAGGAUCGAAUGUGGCCUGAUGUUCCUCCCGCUGCGGCGACGGCGAUCGCGUUGCUGGGCGCCAACUUUGCCGUCUUUACCUUGUGGAGGUUCUGGCCGCCGGCCUGGCGGAUGCUGAACCGAUACUUCAUCAGCGUGCCAUUGUACCCGCAUGCGCUGAGUGUGGUGGGGAGCGUCUUCAGUCAUCAGCAGCUUCGGCACUUGGCCACAAACAUGAUCAUCUUAUGGUUCAUCGGGGUCAGACUCCACGAUGAAAUCGGCCGGGGCAAUUUCCUUGCCCUCUACCUUGCCACGGGCGUGUUUGGAUCGAUGACUUCUUUGGCAGCGCAUGUCUUGACCCGCAAGCUGACGGUCACGUCGCUCGGUGCCAGCGGUGCGAUUGCCGGUCUGGUAGCAGCAUGGUGUACACUGCAUGCAAACGAUAAACUCACCCUCUGGUUCCUACCCAGAGAAUGGCAAGACACCUUCUCCGCGAGGGGAUACGUCUUCCUGACGGGCAUCGUCCUCUUCGAAGCAUUCAGCCUGGUGUCCCCCUUCAAGGUCGCUGCCCUCGACCACUGGGCCCAUCUGGGCGGGUACUUCUCCGGCGCGAUCUGGGCGCUCUGGUGGAAAUCGAAGAAGGAAAAAGAAGCCCGCAAACGACAGGAAGAAAUGAGUUGGUUGGAUCGACUGAUUCUGUGGUCUUCCCGAUGA